AUGUCUAUCUACCUAUCUCCUUAUGUUUCUAUCUAUAUAUCUAUUUCUCUUUAUCUAUUCUGUUUCCUUCUUUUUAUCUAUUUAUUUAUUUAUCUGAUUUGGUUUGAUUCUGUCUUUCUAAUUCUGUAUCUAUCUCAUUCUAUUUCUUAUUUUAUCUCUUUCUCUUUCUUUCUCAUUUUAUCUCUUCCUCUCUCAUUUCAUCUAUUUCUCUUUCUUUUUGAUUUUAUCUCUUUUUCUUUCUCAUUUUAUCUCUUUCUCUUUCAUUUUAUCUCUUUCUUUCUCAUUUUAUCUCUUUCUCUUUCAUUUUAUCUCUUUCUCUUUCUUUCUCAUUUUAUCUCUUUCUCUUUCUUUCUCAUUUUAUCUCUUCCUCUCUCAUUUCAUCUAUUUCUCUUUCUUUUUGAUUUUAUCUCUUUUUCUUUCUCAUUUUAUCUCUUUCUCUUUCAUUUUAUCUCUUUCUUUCUCAUUUUAUCUCUUUCUCUUUUCUUUCUCAUUUUAUCUCUUCCUCUCUCAUUUCAUCUAUUUCUCUUUCUUUUGAUUUUAUCUCUUUUUUCUUUCUUUUUAUCUCUUUCUCUUUCAUUUUUUUCUUUCUUUCUCAUUUUAUCUCUUUCUCUUUCAUUUUAUCUUUCUCUCUUUCAUUUUAUCUUUCUUUUUUCUUUCUCAUUUUAUCUCUUUCUUUUCAUUUUUAUUUCUUCCUCUCUCAUUUCAUCUAUUUUUCUUUCAUUUUAUCUCUUUCUUUUUUGA